UUAUCAAUUAUCUACAUGAAUAUGACAUGGUACAUAUUUAUUUACUUGAAUGUCUUGUUAAUAAUUAUUUACCUACUUAUUUGUAUGUUUAUUAUUUAUUGUGCAUCGUGCUCGAGAACGUAUUUACUUGUGAGUUUUUUCCAUAUUCUCUUUUUUUUUCAUUUUUUAGCCUUACGAAAUGAUACGAACAAAAAAAAAUAAUAAAAAAAAAGAAACAGUGAAAUAAUUUAAUGUUGUUCUUGUUGUUGUUUGCUGUGCAACGUUAGCUGUUUAAUUAAUAUCUUGUUGUAUGGUGUAAAAUGAUAAUUUUAUUAAAUGUUUGUCAAUAUGACCUACCAAGUAGACAGGAUGUAGAUGUGCCAUUUCGCCUGCUCGCUGUAAUCGUUUAAUUAUUUGGUGUAAUUAAUAAAAAUAAUUAGGGCAUGUUUGAUUAUUUGUUGAUCGACAAAUACGUAGCUUGUACAUUGAUUGGAGCACAAAAAUAUUUCACCCUUUAUUUGCGUUUUGGACAGCUUUUGGACCAAGCCAGUUCGACGCGAGGCCCAUCUCCUGCACCCGGCGAUUCGAAUGACACGCAUACAGGGGAUGACGACGGCAGUCGCAUUUCCGUUUUGCGAAGAAGCUAUCACUUCUUGGGCAGAGUCGUUAGGGCUUCGUUGCCGAUACAAGCGAUGAUGCUGUUGCUUCUGGGAGCGGCUUCUUUAGUUCCGACAACACAAGACGACUAUUCUUGCUUGCUUGUUAACAAUUUCGCAAACAGUUUUACGCCGAUGCUCCGGUAUAACGACGGACCGCCGCCACUUUAAUAA